AGUGGGAUAUUAUCAAAAAUACUCGAAGCAAUGAAUUUCAAAUUAACUAAUAAAUUAGUAUUAUCGAGUCUAGAUUUUAAGAAAUGCCGAGCAAUUCGGCUGUAUGCGACAAAGCAAAUAGAGAAUAAAAGAAAAACUUCGAAAAAAGCAGAAGAUGAUGAAAUUGAAAUACCAGUCAAUCCUCUGAAGAAACAUUAUUCGUCCAAUUACCAAGUAAAUGGUGAAAUAUACGAUAGAAAGCCAUUCAAAAUGAUAUGCGAAGAAGGUAAAAUCUAUAAUUGGUGUUUAUGUGGACAGAGUAAAAAUCAGCCUUUUUGCGAUGGUACGCAUAAUAAUAUUUUCCUCAAAGUUAAAAUUAAACCGAUUAAAUUUACCGUAAAGAAAACAAAGGAAUAUUGGCUAUGCAAUUGUAAACAAACAUUAAAUAGACCAUUUUGCGACGGUACUCAUAAAACAUUAUUGGAAAAAAAAAAUGAAAAACAUUGAAUUGAUGGUAUAUUUUUUAAUCACAUA